CCAUUUUUACUUAAUUAAUAUUAAUAAUAUAAAAACCUUUCAUUUAUUUCAAUUAGUUACUAAGAUGUCUUCAAAAGUAUUUUCAUCAGUUGUCCUCCUCCUAUGUCUCAACAUAGUGUUUUUCACUAUGGUGAGUUCCCAACAUGUCCGCUCCCCACCACUUCGUCCUAGGUCACCAACGCCUUCCAGGUCACCACCUCCAAUGGCGUCCCCACCCAUGUCACCUCCUAGCAACAGUUGCCCCAUAGAUACGCUAAAAUUAAAGGUGUGUGCCAAUGUAUUGAAUGAUUUGCUUAAUGUCACGAAUGGCACCGCGCAAUGUUGUUCUCUCAUUGAAGGGUUGGUUGACCUUGAAGCAGCAAUUUGUCUUUGUACUGUCAUUAAAGCUAAUGUUUUAGGGAUCAAAGCUAAUGCUACGCUCAACAUAACUGUGUUGCUCAACAAUUGUGGUAAGAAGAUACCUGAAGGCUUCGAAUGUUCUUAAGCUUAUUAAUCGGAUUUUGUUGGUAUCAUCAAAAUCUUAAAUAAGUAUAACUUUCGUAUUCCAGCAGCUUUGGAGCAGCUCAUCAAUAAUGUUGUAUAUGUUAUGUGUUUGUUUUUGUUGGUGACUAAGCUAGGUUGUCAAUAAACUCCAGCCUAACAUUGUACCGUAGUACGUAUACGUAGCAAAAAAAUAUACGUAGCAAACUCCAGCCUAACACUCUAGCCUCGGUGCCCGCGCAUGAAAAAAAUAUACGUAGCAAAAAAAAAAAACUUUUCGUAAAAAUUGCUGCAAGGGCGUAUGAAAGGCACUCGACUCUAAAAGCCACUAAAAAAUAAAUAAAUAAAUAACUCUUUGUGUCGUUGUUAGGCCUCCUACGACGAAAAUGCUCGGCACCAAAACCGAGCAUGCUAAUUUAACGACCUUGAAUGUCACAUGGGCAAAAUAUUCAAAAAAUAAUGUUCGAAUAAAGUCUUCAAGAAAAAAUAAAUGUUCAAAUAAAUCCGAGUCUAGACUAGUUAUGCCGAAGUACAAUCUAAAUCCUAAGUCUUAGUUGUCUUAUCCAUAGAAUCGGUCCUAAU